CUUACUCCAGUUCGUAUUUUGCGUUGUUCUCUUUUAUUCCUCCAUGUUUCACGGUUGCAGGCCUCUAUUUUCCUGCCGGAUAGAUUGUCGCCUUUUCGUCGGACCCCCACGGCAACCAUGAUCGUCUAGAGGGGCAGGUUCUCAACCAAGGGACUUCUUUCUCAGCCACUGUUCAGAGUCCAUGGCGUCUAUCAAGCUUUCUAUCAUUGCGCAAUUUCCAUCAGAUUGAUGCUCUUGCCUCUUUUCAGAGUUUAAAACCCCGCUCUUGCGCACCGCUAUAUAUCCCACCGUGAAGAAGUCAAACACUCCAGCAAAAUGGACAUCCCACCACCACCGCUGGCCGAUACCAUGCUGUUUCCGCCACCUGUCCUGGGCCUCUUCCAGGUGAUACCCGCCUCGAUCAGGCAGCGGAUUCCUAGCUUGUAUUCUUCCGUGCAAGUUAGGACGGCCUUGGAGAGAACCGGCCCACCGGCGAAGGUGGGGAGAGAGUGGUCCACGCUGCGUUCCGUGUCGGAGCCAGAGCUCGACUACUAUGGUACGGAGCCGAUCGCCACAGCGGGGGAUCUACAGCGUCCCCAGACUGCGCGGAGUACGGCUGUCGACCAGGUGUCUUGCCAGUCGCGGGUCUCGGGGAAGCACUCGGACUGCGGGGACAAUCAUCAGGUUGCUGACUCGGUGUCGCUGACGGCGAACUAUGAGCCGCACUCUGGUAUUGGGUGGAAUCGAGUGACUCCGGCGUUGAGCCUCCUGCAGAACUCCGGGAAUGAAGCCCGACGACCCAACUGCGACGGCCGUCUGGCGCGAUCCCUGUUCCUUCACGCACUCGGCUAUCUCCUGGGCGCCCUUCCAGACGAUCUGUCUCCGGAAGAAGCGACAUCCCUGAAAAACAGCAUCCCCGGCAAAGUCACGCGGUCUAUUGCGUCGUCGUCGCUGGCCGAGACGGGCCAUCCACCUGGGUCUCUGCAACGCCAGAGCGUACAGGACUCCGUGCAGCCGUCAUGCGUUCAUCGACUCCUCGCUUUCACGAUCAUUCAGUUCUCCCUUAUCGUGCACUUUCUGAUGCCGUACAUCAAGGUGCUGUUGCAACACAUGUACCAAUAUGAGCGGUCCCACCGGAUCACAGAGCGGGUGUUCUCAACGGCCCUGGGCGCGGCCGAUCAUCUGGGAAAAGGCGGUUGUAAUCUUGGGUCGAGGGUUAUGACCAUGCAGGAAGGGAAACUGGGCGCUAAGGUGUCGGGAGCGGCUGCGUGGUGGAUGGAAGGCGUCGCGGGUGGGGUCUGCGAGGGCGUGGGGGAAGGAAUGGCGAUCCUGGGGUUUACUCGACCUGAUCCUGACAGCACGGCGAGAGCGUAGUGGCUAGGAAUUUGAUUUACGAGCUUUAGACUGUCUCAGAUGAGCAGGGCGUAAUUGAAGUAUUA